UUGAGAUUUGUGUACUUUUUGUAUUGAACAGAUGAUCGGAAUGUUGGGCUUGUAAUAUAGUUAUGUUCUUCAAACUAAGCUAUAGGUUAUUGGUAGGAUCAAGGACAGUAUAAAGACAACUGAUGUCAGAGACGACGUUUCCAGGGCUGGCUACUAAGAACUCCUCAACCGGUGGAGAUCGUAAGUCAAACGACGACGCAAAUGAUGUAGUGUGGAUACUCACUAGCGCUUUUCUCAUCUUUACUAUGCAGUCAGGUUAUGCUUUGUUGGAGUCUGGCAUUGUUUCUAGAAAAAAUGAAGUCAACAUUCUUAUCAAAAACGCAGCUAACGUUCUUCUAGGCGGAUUUGCUUAUUGGACGUUUGGUUUCUCCUUGAGUUUUGGUACUCAUUCGGUACUGUGGUACGCAAGCGGUGAUUUCUUUACAAAAGCGAGCGAAGAUUCUAUGGGGAUGACUUAUGCAAAGUUUGUGUUUCAACUUGCCUAUGCUACCACUUCAACCACUUUAGUGUCUGGUUCUAUGGCUGAAAGAUGCAAAUUCACAGCUUAUUGUGUCUUUACUUUCCUCAACACUGUUGUCUACGCUUUGCCUGCUGGUUGGAUGUGGCGCAAUGAUGGAUUUCUUGCUAGUUUAGGAUCUGUUGACAUAGGAGGUUCAGGCACGGUUCACUUAGUUGGUGGCUGCUGUGGUCUGGUUGCUUCUAUUAUCUUGGGUCCCCGUAUUGGGAGAUACGACAGAGGAACAGAACCAUUACCACUCGGUAAUCCCACAAACGCUAUGUUAGGGCUUUUUAUGUUGUGGUGGGGUUGGCUAGGAUUUAGUGCUGGAAGCACUUUCGGGAUUGUCGGGGACAAGUGGAAAUACUCCUCUCG